AGCUGUCAGCAGGCUUGGAGAAUAAUGUAGAUUUGAUUUUUGUCAUGGAUAAAUACUUGACGAAGACAUCUGUGAGCAGAAAGCGUAAAUCAACAGAGCAAAGAGAUGAAGAGGAAACUGAUCAAAAAGCAGUUCAGUCUUACCCGGGCUUAGAGUUUGUUCAGAAAAAGGGCGACCUAUUCUCCUGUGCCGAGAAGGAUGCUUUGGCCCACUGUGUUAGUGCGGACUUCCGAAUGGGAAAGGGCAUCGCUGUGCUGUUUAAGCAGAAGUUUGGGGGAGUGCAAGAAUUGAAAGAUCAGCUUUGCAGACCUGGGGGUGUAGCAGUGCUGAAGAGAGGGGACAGAUUUGUGUAUUACCUGGUCACCAAGGAAAAAGUGUACAACAAACCGACCUAUCCCGUGCUGAAGUCCAGUCUAGAAGCCAUGAGAGAUCACUGUGUGAAGAACUGUGUCCAGACUGUCUCCAUGCCAAGAAUAGGCUGUGGCCUCGAUGGUCUUCAAUGGACAAAAGUUGCAGAUAUGAUUCAGGACGUGUUCAGGAACACGGACAUGACCAUCAAUGUUUAUACCAUAUGACAAAAACACCAACCUGAAUGUGGAUGUUUAUAGCAUAUGAUGAGACCACCAACAUGACCAUCAAUGUUUAUGGCAUAUGACAAGAACACCAAUAUGACCAUCGAUGUUUAUAGCAUGUGACAAGAACACCAACAUGACCAUCGAUGUUUAUGGCAUAUGACAAGAACACUAACAUGACCAUUGAUGUUUAUGGCAUAUGACAAGAACACCAGCAUGACCAUUGAUGUUUAUAGCAUAUGCCAAGAACACUAACAUGACCAUUGAUGUUUAUGGCAUAUGACAAGAACACCAGCAUGACCAUUGAUGUUUAUAGCAUAUGCCAAGAACACUAACAUGACCAUUGAUGUUUAUGGCAUAUGACAAGAACACCAACAUGACCAUUGAUGUUUAUAGCUUAUGACAAAAACACCAACAUGACCAUACAUGUUUACACUACAGUAUAUGACACUUGUAACAUACAAGUAACUGACUUGUAACAUUUGGGGUACCCUAGGCUACUGACUAGCCUGCCCCAGGCUGCCAUGAUGAUUGAUGACUUUGAUUGUAUUCAUUCUCACAUUAGAGGAAGAUCAUAUCUUUGGAUAACUUUUGGAUAUUUUUGUUAUUUCUGUCUGUUGUGUCCAGUUGAAGUGGGGACAGGCUUGAAAAUAAAAUGUACCCGGAACUACACAGAAGUAUGAGUGUGUGACUGUGGUGUGGUGGUAGUAAGAUACAUGAGUUUAAACCCAAGCGGGGAAGACAUUAUUUAAUUUUUGGAUCGGUACUAAGUGCCAUAUCUGUUUUCUCCCAGGGCCCAGUAGUAAGCAUUUAAAUCAAAUUUUACAUUUUAACUUGCUCUGUGAAACCUGACCCCCCCCCCC